AGAACAUCCUGCUCACUUCACCCUCCUGGAUCUACGUAAAUGUGUAUCUAGAUUUCAGGCCUGAAAGAAAAGCCAUUCAGUGAGGCGAGGGACAAGCUCUAAUCGAUUUGAAGUGAUCGGUGAUGGAGAGUCGUCGUUGUAGUCCACAAAUAAUUCGUACUUGGUGGAAUGAUCUGGUGAAGUUUGGUUUCAAAACACUUCCCUCUGAGGAGAGCAGUGCUCUGGCACCCACUUCCAACCCAAAUCAGGCCAAAAGUGUGGAAGAUUUUGUCGCUUAUGAUCCUUAUUCAGGAGAGUUGGGCGAUUUGGAACACACUGUAGUGGACGAAUUACCUUGUGGUUACAAGACCAUUCGUUUGGAAGACGAAACCAUUUUGGAAGGAACAUGGAGAAAAGGUUUGCGAGAAGGCAAAGGUCUGAUCCGAGGAGGAUAUCUACAAAUAGGGCCCCAAAUCCAAGCCAUCACGGGCAUUUAUCGCCAUGGCGUCCUUCAAGGGCUUGGGAAAGUGUUUCUUGAAUCUGGCAUCUGUCUCGAAGGCCAAUUUCGCCAAGGAUUUCUCCAUGGCCCAGUGUGUGGGUACAAUCCUCGAGGGUCUUUGGUCUUUGUUGGAUGUUUUGAUGGAGGAAGGCCAAUUGGCAUAGCCUGGAAAUGGCUUGAAGGGGAUGGUUUUCUCUAUGGACGACUGGAUCGAUCAGGCGAGUUUACGGGGAGUAACAUUGCUUAUCUCUAUCCUGAUCUGGUGACUUGUUUGAUUGGUGAGUUUGCCAAUGGUCAACUGGUUCAAGGACGAGAGUCCAAGAUUCAAGAUGCUCAUAUGCAUAAGGAGCUCCUAAAAUUGCGUUUCCAUGAACCACGUGGUCCCACAUUCAUGCUUUGGAAGUCUACUCUAACAGAGAUCCGGGUUCCUCCGCUCCAAGAAGAUCUUUACGAAAAGAAAUACGUCGAAGUCCGCGAUUCUCAAUUACCCGGAGCAGGGGACGGCCUUUUCGCCAAGGUGCCACUAACUCAAGGUGCCACUGUGGCCUUUUACAAUGGGAUCCGAGUCAGACCCAAUGACACGCCUCCAUUCCAAUCUCGUGAUUACGAAAUCUACGUUGACUGGAACAAACCCGGUUCCAAGUCAGAUUACAUGGAUCUGCCACCAGAAUUUAUCUCCAUAGAAAACUACCGAGCCUCUCUGGGGCACAAGAUCAACCAUUCGUUUGCCCCAAAUUGUGCCUGGGACGUUGUUGAGCAUCCGGUGUUCGGACGAAUACCCAGAAUAGUUACUUUGAGGGACAUUGAGCCCAAUGAGGAACUGACCUGCCAUUACAAGAUUGAUAUGGAGGAGGCUGUUCUUCGUGACAAUUUGGCCUGGUAUGUGGCUCAAUGGGGGAAAUUAUCUCAAUCUAUGCAGGACACGCAAAAAAUGUCUGAAGAGUGAACUAAUAUCUUACUUCCUUUUUUCCGUAAGUCUUUAAACCCCACCAUUUGUGUUUUGCACAUAUCAAACAAAAUUCUUUAAGACAACCUCAAAUCUUGAAAAAAGUAUGCUUCAAUUGCAUUGACUAAUGGUGACUGAUAUCCAAAAUGAAUAGCAUUUAUUGUUCCAUGAAUGUUCUUCGUCUUUGAAAUACAACUUGCACGCUCUUAA